CUGUUAAUUAGACAGAAGCUCUAUAAAAGCAGCCUGGUUUUCCUAUGCCUUGAGCAUGUACAAAACAUAGUAUAAUUUAUCAUAAAUGGAUAGCGAGAUUGUGGGAAUAGUUAUAGCCCUUUUGCUAUGGGUUAUAUGGGCAAUGGUAACUGUGCGUCGCUACCGUCGUGUGGAGGAGCUACGGCAACUGCCACCAGGGCCAAAAUGUUGGCCAGUUGUUGGGAACAUCUUUCAGCUGGGUUUGAUUCCGCAUGUUUCGUUUGCCAAAUUGGCUAAUAAACAUGGCCCCAUCAUGACUCUAUGGCUCGGUUCAAUGUGUACCGUGGUGGUCUCUUCUAAUGAAGUGGCUCGAGACAUGUUCAAGAACCAUGACGUCGUUCUUGCCGGAAGAAAAAUCUACGAGGCCAUGAAGGGUGAGUAUGGAACUGAGGGCUCUAUUAUAACAUCUCAAUAUGGCCCCCAUUGGCGUAUGCUACGGCGUUUGUGUACUACUGAAUUCUUUGUGACUAGCCGUCUCGAUGCUAUGCGAGAAGUGAGGAGUAGGUGCAUCGAUCGCAUGGUUAAAUAUGUAGAAGACGCUAGUUCAUGUGGCACCAAUGCCAUUGAUGUUGGGAGAUUCUUGUUCUUGAUGGCUUUUAAUUUGAUUGGAAAUCUUAUUUUUUCUAAGGAUUUAUUAGACCCCAAAUCAGAAACAGGGGCCAAAUUUUUUUACCACGCAGGUAAAGUUAUGGAGUUUGCUGGCAAACCAAACGUGGCAGAUUUCUUGCCAAUUUUAAGAUGCCUUGAUCCUCAAGGUAUUAGGAGAAAAACCCAAUUUCAUGUUGAUCGAGCCUUUGAAAUCGCAGGAGAGUUCAUUCAAGAAAGGGCCAAAAGUAACAUAGAGACAAACAAAAAAGAUUUCUUGGAUGUGCUUUUGGAAUUCCGUGGUGAUGGACUGGAGGAGCCCUCGAAAUUUUCUUCAAGAACAAUCAAUGUUAUCGUGUUUGAGAUGUUCACGGCAGGAACUGACACAACGACGAGCACAUUGGAGUGGGCAAUGGUUGAGCUGCUUCAAAACCCUGAGAAACUAAAGAAAGUCCAGGAUGAGCUGAGGAGCACCAUAAGUAGAAACAAAAAGCUUGAAGAGAAGGACAUUGAGAAACUUCCAUAUCUUCAAGCAGUCAUAAAGGAAACAUUGAGACUUCACCCACCGUUGCCGUUCUUAGUUCCCCACAUGGCCAUGGAUUCGUGCAACAUGUUGGGCUACUAUAUUCCGAAAGAGACACAAAUUCUGGUGAACGUUUGGGCGAUUGGACAGGACCCAAGAACUUGGAAAGACCCGCAGGUGUUCAAGCCAGAAAGGUUUUUGGAAAAGGAUAAGGCCGAUUACAAGGGGCAUCAUUUUGAGUUUAUACCAUUUGGGUCCGGCCGCAGAAUGUGUCCAGCCAUGCCUCUUGCUUCUCGUGUGCUGCCGCUGGCGCUGGGGUCCCUUUUGUACUCAUUUGAUUGGAAGUUGGGAGAUGGAGUUAAGCCUGAGACCAUGGAUAUGAGUGAAAGAAUGGGUAUUACUCUUAGGAAGGCUGUUCCAUUGAAGGCCAUACCACUGCCUUACAAGGGCUAUUAGACAGUUGGGAUAAUCGUAAUUUCACUCCUGUGAUUUGAUUUAAAUACCUGUAGUUCAGUAGAAUUGUUUGAUAACAUUUUGGUCCAUGUCAGAAACAUUUUAGUACCUUAGGUUAAUUUUGGGGACAUGGACCAAAAAGUUACUAAAAAGUUCUACCAGACGAAAGUUUAUUUAGACCAAACGUUAGGGAUGAAAUUUUAUUUUCCUGGAAAAACCCACGUAAAUGUGAACUUAUACUCCAAUAGCUGGUAUGUACUGAAUUGUAAAUCCUAGAUCGUUGUCUAUUGAAUUAUACAGCAAUAAUAUAUGUUUAGUUAUGUA